AUGGACAAUUGUACCUCGGUGACGGAAUUCUUUCUCCUGGGGUUCUCCAACAGCAGGGAGCUGCAGCUGGUGUAUGCCACGAUGUUCCUCCUGGUUUACCUGGCAUCCCUGAUGGGGAAUCUCCUCAUCAUCACCGUUAUCACCCACGACCGGCACCUCCACACCCCUAUGUACUUCUUCCUCAAGAACCUUUCUUUCAUUGAUCUCUGUUACAUUUCUGUCACCGUCCCCAAAUCCAUCCUCAAUGGAUUGACCGGCAGUGGGUCCAUCUCUCUCCUGGGGUGUGUUCUGCAGGUGUUUUGGGUUACUUUCCUUGCAUGUGCUGAGCUGCUCUUACUCACAGCCAUGUCCUAUGAUCGCUAUAUUGCCAUCUGCUGUCCUUUGCGCUAUGACAGCAUCAUGAACCGAGGGGCCAGUGUGAAAAUGGUUGCUGUGUCCUGGCUUGGUGGAAGCUUCAAUGGCUUCCUUCACACAGCAGCAUCUUGUACUCUCCCCUUCUGUGGGUCCAAUGUGAUCCACCAGUUCUUCUGUGAAAUCCCCCAACUCCUAAAACUCUCCAGCUCUAGAAGGAAUGUGCCUGAAUUGGCAGUCACAGUGGUAUCUGCAGUUCUUGUCCUUUUUAGUUUUAUAGCCAUCAUCAUCUCUUAUGUUCGCAUCUUCUCUGCCGUGAUGAAGAUCUCAUCUGUAGAGGGUCAGUCCAAAGCCUUCUCUACCUGCCUGCCCCAUCUCCUCGUUUUCACCACUUUUCUGAUCACCUGUGUCUUUGAGUAUUUAAAGCCAACGUCAGACUCUCCCUCCAUCCUGGAUGUGCUGCUGUCUGUCUUUUACACUGUGGUGCCCCCCACCCUGAACCCCCUAAUUUACAGUCUGAGGAACAUGGACAUGAAGGCUGCAAUUGGGAAAUUUAUGGGUUCCUGCAGAAUCAGGUAG